AUGGAGUCCAACAGCAAACCCGAUGGGCCGAUAGGGUCCAUUGAAGAGCCUGGCAUCAAAGCCGAAGGACAGCUCAUACAUGCCAUGCGCAGAGAGGUUGCCGAGCUGCUUGGUAGACAGCAAACCAGCUUCCCCGGCGCCCAACCCGUCAGUUUUGCUAGACAACAUCUGGACGAAUUGACCAGGCAAGAUUACUACAUAUGCGAAAAGUCCGAUGGAAUUCGCUAUCUCCUCUACUUGACCGAAGACGAAAACCAAGGCGAAGCCCAUUACUUGAUUGACCGCAAGAACGAUUACUGGUACAUCACCAAUAAGAGCCUACACUUUCCUCGUGAGAAUGACGUCAGCGCCUUUCACACGGCAACACUUGUCGACGGCGAACUGGUCUGGGAUAGUCUGCCCAAUGGGGACAAGGAAGCUCGAUUUCUCGUCUUUGACUGCCUUGUGAUGGAUGGCAAUAAGCUUAUGGAUCGGUCUCUCGAUAAAAGGCUAGCCUACUUCCGAGAACGGCUAUAUACGCCAUACAAGAAGCUGUUCAAGGACUUUCCAGAUGAACUACAGUACCAGCCGUUCAUUGUGGAGAUGAAGCCCUUCCAGCUCGGCUAUGGUAUCGACAUGAUGUUCAAACAGAUUCUUCCAAGCCUAAAGCACGGCAACGACGGUCUCAUCUUCACGUGCCGGAACACGGCUUACAAGCACGGCACCGACCCCCAUAUUCUCAAGUGGAAGCCUCCGGAAGAAAACACGAUUGACCUUCGUCUUAAACUUUCUUUCCCCACCGUCGAGCCUGACGAAUGGGAGCGCAAAGAGGGUAUUACGGAACCGUUUGUUGACUAUGACAGUGUACCUAAAGCGGAAUUAUUUGUUUACAAGGGUGACGGUCCGGAAAAAUACGACCGGUUUGACGACCUUUACAUCACCGAAGAGGAAUGGGAAACGUUGAAAAGUUUGGGUGACCCCUUGAACGAUCGCAUAGUGGAGUGUAAUCAGGACGACCAGAGGAGAUGGCGCCUUCUCCGCUUCAGAGACGAUAAAAAGGAGGCAAAUCACACGAGCACAGUCACAAGCGUCCUGGAGAGCAUCAAAGAUCGUGUUUCGGUAAAGGAUCUUUCGGACGCCGCCGGUCAUAUCAGAGAUAAUUGGAAGGCCAGGGCAGCACGUGAAGGUCCGCGCCCGCCACGAUAG